AUGAAAAUCUCGAAGAAGUUGGAAGAUGCACAUUCGUGCUCCAAUCCACCUCCUGCAACGUUCUCCUUUGAGUUCUUCGUCCCCAAGACGUCCCAAGGUGUUCAAAACCUCUACGACAGAAUGGACAGAAUGUACGAGUUGAACCCGAUCUUCAUCGAUAUCACCUGGAAUGCUGGUGGCAGGUCUUCUACACUCACUAACGAAAUGGUUUACACUGCCCAGUCGACUCUUGGCUUGGAAACGUGUAUGCAUUUGACGUGCACCAACAUGAAGGUGGAGUUGAUUGACGAGGCAUUGAAGAAAGCCCACGCUUCUGGAUGUCAGAACAUCUUGGCCUUGAGAGGUGACCCACCAUUGGACGGUUCCGAGUCUACUGGUGAUUUUAAAUACGCUAAAGAUUUGAUCCGCUACAUCCGCAAGAACUACGGUGACCACUUUAACAUUGGUAUAGCAGCAUAUCCCGAGGGCCAUCCUGAGGAAGAAGACGAUUUGAAAUUGUUAGGCUACUUGAAAGAGAAGGCUGAUGCUGGAGCAGACUUCAUCAUUACACAGAUGUUUUAUGACGCAGACAACUUCAUCAAGUGGUGUCUGAAGAUCAGAAAGAUUGGUGUAGAUAUCCCCAUCAUUCCUGGAAUCAUGCCUAUCUCGACAUACUCUGCAUUUAUCAGAAGAGCAAAAUGGUCUGAAGUUAUAAUUCCAAAGCACUUCUUGGAAGCUUUGGAUCCAAUCAAGGAUGACGAUUAUGCUGUCAGAGAGAAGGGUACAGAGUUGGUUGGCGAAAUGUGCCAAAAGCUUAUUGAUUCAGGCUAUGUCAACCAUCUUCACUUUUACACCAUGAAUCUUGAAAGAUCCACCAUCAUGGUGUUGGAGCACCUCAACUUGAUCGAACACGUCAAAGAUAAUGCUGUUGUGGGUGACGAAUUGCCCUGGAGGAAAUCGUUGCACCCAAUGCGAUCCAAGGAAUCCAUUCGUCCAAUUUUCUGGCAAAACAGAAAGUACUCAUACAUCUCUCGUACUUCUGGAUGGGAUGAGUUCCCUAACGGUCGUUGGGGUGAUUCUAGAUCUCCUGCUUUUGGUGACAUUGAUCUUUCAGCUACUGAGUUGUUGCGCCAGUCUCCUAAGCGUGCUUACGAGUUAUGGGGCUGCCCUCAAUCCUUGGAAGAUCUUUCUAACAUUUUGAUCUCUUACUUGCAAGGAGAGAUCAAAUCGUUGCCAUGGAGUGACGGUCCUAUUGGUGACGAUACCGAGGUGUUGAAGCCUGCAUUGGUUGAAAUGAACAGGAAAGGCAUUUUUACAUUGAAUUCCCAACCUGCUUUGAGCGCUGUCAAGUCCAAUGACGAGGUGUUUGGCUGGGGUCCUAAGAAUGGUUUCGUUUACCAGAAACAGUACUUAGAAUUCUUCAUCCACAAGGAUGCAGUCGAUGCCUUGUUGCACAGAGUCGAAGCCCACAACGCUAAGGAUGCUCACUCCAUUGUCACCUACUACGCUGUCGACAAGAACGGUACUUUGUCUACUAAUGCCCACGAUGAUGACAUUAAUGCCGUCACCUGGGGUGUCUUCCCUGGCGAAGAGAUCUUGCAGCCAACCAUUGUUGAAAAGGUCUCUUUCUUGGCCUGGAAGGACGAAGUCUACCGCUUGCUCGACGAGUGGGUGAAGAUCUUCCACACCAAGGCUGUCAAGGAAGUCGUCGAGGAUGAGAAGAUUGACUCUUUCUCCAAGUUGUUGACUGGCUUUGGUGACAACUUUGUCUUGUGCAACUUUGUCAACAAUGACUUCACCAGCGGCAACAACAUCAUCUUCGAUCUUUUCCAGGAUCUCCCAGUGACUUCCCUUUAG